GAAUAAAAACACCGCGUCUUGCAUCGCUCCGUUUCGUGUCGCCUCUUGGCGGUUUUAACCUUUUUUUUUUCUUCUUUCGGUUUCGAACAUUCACUCUCUCACUCUUCUCUCUCUAUCUCUUCAAUUCACCACUGUGACAGAUUCCAUUUCCAAAACCUAGUUCUUCGUCUUCUAAGGAUAAUAUUCCAGAGAGCAUGCGAUGGAUCGGGAAGAAUAUCUGCGGAAGUGUUCCAAUAUGAAAUGCCAAAGAGUUCAGGUAGAUGAAUCAUACGUGCCUUCCCUUCAAGAUGAUGAAAUGGAAAUUGAGCAUUUGCUUGAAGAACCUAGAAGUGAUCACGUUUCAUUGGAUGGCAGUUUAGCUUCUGACACAGCUUUGAAUGACAAGAAUGAUUUGGAACUGGAGGUCCUUGAUGGAUUCCUGGACGAGGGAUUCCUGGAUGAUGUUGACAUCAACGAUCUUGAAGGAACUGAUGGUUUCACCGAUGUAUCUGGAGGGUAUUUCUUAGAUUUUGAUUUUGCCAAAGUUGAGUUACUAGGCUCUGGUGCUUAUGAAGACUCACUUUUGGAAAAUUCAAAUUCGGAAAGUCAAUCUCCCGGAUUAAGUGGAAGUAGCACCGUUGGUGGGAUAUCAGAAUCAGCAAAAGCACCCAAUAGUACACAAUCUGAAUGCAAAAUUGAAUCUCUAGAUGAGACAGUCACCAAUGAUACACAUGGUGUCUUCAGGAACAAUCCAAGUCAACCAUCAAAUGUAGGUUGCAUGUACAACAUUUCACUUGAUAUACAGCAUCUGCAUGAGCUGAAUAAUGGUUAUCCUUUAGGUGGCAGUAUAUUGUCUUGUAAGACAGAAAAUGUUACUGUUGAGAAUUGCCAAUCUGCUCCACCUAGAGCGAAGAGAUUCCGAAAGCCUACUAAGAGGUAUAUUGAAGAAUCUUCAAAUUCGAGGUCAAAAGAAAAAGUACCAACUACAGGUGCAAAAAACAAAAGACGGAGUCUGUCAUUAUGUAAUGAACUUCAUACAAAAAUGAAAGGAUUGAAGAAUAUUCCAAGUGAAAAGUCUAGUAAUGGCAAUAGUGAAGUAACUCUUACCGAGUUGCAAUGCUGCAAGAAGCUGCCAAAGAAAGAGGAAUUUGAGUAUGACAAUGAGCCUUUUUCCUCGGAGGAGUUUGAGGAUGAGUUUGAGGAAGAAUUUGAGGAUGAACGUUCGCCACCAAAAAGAAGUAGAUCAAAAGAUCGAAGAAAGCAUCAAAGGAUGUGGACAACCGCUGAAGUGACGAAGUUGGUUGAUGGCAUAUCUGAAUAUGGAGUUGGUCGAUGGACUGAUAUACAGAGGUUUUUGUUUUCUGCUUCAGGCUACCGAACUCCUACAGAUAUCAGGGACAAGUGGCGUAACCUUCUCCGAGCCAGUUCUGCACAGAAAUUCAUUCAGAAAGAGGAUGAGGAAAACGACAAGAUUUCCCCGCGUUCCUUACCUUUCAGUGUGGCAAGCCGAGUGCUGGAAUUGGCUAAAAUUCACCCAUACCCAAAGCGACGAAACUCAAAGAGAUCGUCUGAUAGCCAAGUCGGCUCUUCUGUCACAGCCAGUCAAAGCAGUGGUUCUUCUAUUAGUCUUGGCAGAAGAAAUGUCCGUAGGAAGAAGUGUACUUAGAAGCAAAACUUCAUGUGUAAAACUGUCCAGUGAAUCAUAGUCAAAAGAAUCUUGGUUGAAUUUUAGGUAUAACAUUUGCACAAUUUUGUACUUUCAAGUAAUUUCUGCUUGUAUAUCUACAGAGCAUAGAUUUUUCAAAUUGUAAACUUAAGGAAUCUUUGGUUAGCUUACAGAAGUUUGCAAUCUUUAAUGCCAAACCCCUUCUGAAUUGUGUUAAGGUUUGCAGAAGUUUAUCUUAUUGUUUCUGAUUGCUUGGUAUUGUUGGAUGAAAUGCCUUUUCUUUAGAAAACCACCUUUAAAAUCAGCUAU